UCCAGUGCAAAACAUGAUACGAAAUGAAAGGAUUUUAUAUAGUCACUAUAACUUUGCUAGCUAGUGAUUUUUCUGAACUAUACUUGGUUUGAACCUACCUUUUCUCCAAGAUCACUCUCUGUUUGGCAACAAAAUUCACAUUUUCCGGGGCCCUCAUCUUCUCACACUUUCAGGGCCUCAAAAAUCCAAAAAGUAUUAGACGUACCAAUCGUUUUGUUUUGUCUCUAAACAGAGGGUGACCUCUGGGGAAGAUGGGUUCAAACCCAGUAUAAUUCAGAAAAAUCACUAGGGAAGUUAUAGUGACUACAUGAAGGAGACAAAUUGCCUGAUAAAAUUUUUAAAUGAACUCUCCAACCGCUAGCGGCUGUACUUAACGGGCCAACUACGUUGGCAUUUGGAUCAUUAGUUCGUCGUUUUGACAUAUUGUUCAUACUCUCUCACUCUUCCUCCUCCUUGAUGUGAUGAUCGAUAGCAACUUCCUGAAGUUUUUUUAAUUACUCUGGAAAUGAUCAUAACUUGAAUCAGUCAAGCACCAAUAUAAAUCCGUGCACCCUGAAAGGAUUCACAUCCUAAGAUUCCAAACUACAUUUUUCUUUGGAGAGCAAGAAGAGAAAAAAAAUGAGCCAUAAUAAUGGGAGAGAAGACGAAGUAGAGUGCAGUUUAGAUAUGGAACAUGUAGAAUCCAAUAACAACUGCUCCAGGUACAAGAGGCCAGAAGAAGGAGAAACAGAGGGAGGAGAGUUGUCAGUAGAGCAGAUUUUUGAGAGACAAGGAGUGCCAUCAUGGAGAGAACAGCUGACAUGGAGAGCUUUUGGGGUGAGCUUUGUUUUGAGCAUACUCUUCAGUUUUAUAGUGAUGAAGCUCAACCUCACAACAGGAAUCAUCCCUUCUCUCAACGUCUCUGCUGGUCUCUUGGGAUUCUUCUUUGUAAGAACUUGGACUAAGAUUCUUGAAAAACCUGGCCUUUUGAAGCAGCCCUUUACAAGACAAGAGAAUACUGUUAUUCAAACAUGCAUUGUCGCCUCUUCUGGCAUUGCCUUUAGCGGAGGUUUUGGGAGUUACCUCUUUGGAAUGAGUGAACGCGCUGCUCAACAAUCAUCAGAAGAUAAUGGAGCAACAAGUAUUAAAAACCCGCACUUGGGAUGGAUGAUUGGCUUUCUUUUUGUUGUCAGUUUUCUUGGCCUCUUCUCUGUGGUGCCUCUGCGGAAGAUCAUGAUCAUAGACUUCAAGUUGACUUACCCAAGUGGUACGGCGACUGCUCAUUUGAUCAAUAGCUUCCACACUCCUCAAGGAGCGAAGCUGGCUAAGAAACAAGUUAGAGAACUUGGCAAGUUCUUCUCCUUCAGCUUCUUGUGGGCUUUCUUCCAAUGGUUCUUCGAAGCCGAAGAAGAUUACUGUGGAUUUUCCAACUUCCCUACAUUUGGACUCAAAGCUAAAGACAACAUGUUUUACUUUGAUUUCUCAGCGACCUAUGUGGGAGUAGGGAUGAUUUGCCCUUAUAUCAUAAACAUAUCAGUUCUACUUGGAGGAAUUCUUUCUUGGGGUCUAAUGUGGCCACUAAUAGAUACUAGAAAGGGUGAUUGGUAUCCAGCAGAUCUAAGCCCAAAAAGCUUACAUGGGCUUCAGGGUUACAAGGUAUUUAUCGCCAUUGCCAUGAUCCUUGGUGAUGGUUUAUACAACUUCUGCAAGGUGCUAAGUCAAACCAUCUUAAGCCUUUAUUAUCAAUUCAAGUCCAAAGGCAACAAAACUACUGAUCUCCCUGUUGCAGAUAGUCCCCCUUUAAAAAUACCCAACCUUUCUUUUGAUGACCAGCGCAGAACCCAACUCUUUCUCAAAGAUCAAAUUCCGACAUGGUUUGCAGUUACUGGUUAUAUCACCACUGCAGCCAUCUCUACAAUCGUUCUCCCAUUCAUAUUUACUCAGCUUAAAUGGUAUUAUGUAAUAAUCAUCUACGUUUUUGCGCCAACCUUGGCUUUCUGCAAUGCAUACGGUUGUGGACUAACAGACUGGUCACUUGCAUCAACCUAUGGGAAACUUGCCAUUUUCACCAUUGGAGCAUGGGCUGGAGCUUCCCAUGGUGGAGUCUUAGCAGGGUUAGCAGCAUGUGGCGUAAUGAUGAACAUUGUCUCUACAGCUUCUGAUCUGAUGCAAGAUUUCAAGACUGGUUACUUGACCCUGGCUUCACCUAGGUCCAUGUUUGUGAGCCAAGUAAUUGGCACCGCGAUGGGUUGUGUAAUUUCUCCUUGUGUUUUUUGGCUAUUCUACAAGGCAUUUGAUGACCUUGGUCUACCUGAUAGCACAUAUCCGGUCCCCUUCGCUGUUGUUUACCGUGGCAUGGCAAUUCUUGGUGUAGACGGCUUCUCAUCUCUACCAAAGAACUGCCUGUACCUUUGCUAUGGCUUCUUUGUUGCAGCUGUUCUCAUAAACAUAAUUAAGGAUGUAGCGGGUAAGAAGUGGAGAAGAUUCAUUCCGCUUCCAAUGGCAAUGGCCAUACCUUUCUAUUUAGGGCCAUAUUUUGCCAUUGAUAUGUGUGUUGGAAGCUUGAUUUUGUUCAUUUGGGAAAGGAUUAAUAAGACCAAGGCAGAUGCUUUUGCACCAGCAGUAGCUUCUGGUUUAAUUUGUGGAGAUGGCAUUUGGGUUUUGCCUAGCUCAAUCCUGGCUCUUGCAGGGGUUAAAGCUCCGAUCUGUAUGAGGUUUUUCAACAGGGGAACAAAUAGUAGGAUUGAUCAGUUCCUAGGACUUCAAUAAUAAGUUUUUAAGUGAUCGUGUACUAGUGAAAUACCUUUCAUUACCUUUUACUACUUUUUCUUUUUGUUUUCUGGUUCCUGCUGGUGUUCCAAAUGGUAGGUCAUCUCAAUGAAUAUUGUACAGCUAAUAGCUCCGAGAUUUCCUGAAAUCAAUGUGCUAAAUUCACAA